GGGCCUCCUCCGCUGCCGUCCUGGGCGCGACGGGGCGAGCAGCGGGCAGGGCCGCCGGUCUCCGGCUGCGCUUUCCGGGCGCCCUGCGCGGCCCCGUUUCCCCCGUUCCGUCGGUAACUGCAGUGCAGGCGUUCGUUCGGUUUUCAGUGAAAUGUGUGCCUGUGCUCCAGCACCUAAGGCACCUGUGGCCAGCAGCCUUGCCCUUGCAGGUGUGAGACCAGCAUGGAGACAGAAAGAUCAGCCUCACUCUCAAAAGCAGUUUGUCUUUGAAAAGCCAUCAGAGGUGGAGCGCAGAGUUCCUGAGGCAGGUGUGAUAGACAAGCCUGGUGUGUAUGAGCUCAGCAAGGGACCAACUGGCAUUUCUAGGAUUCGUUUGAUUCCUGGCUUUAUUGACUCAGAACAAGCAGACUGGAUGUUUGAGCAACUCCUCCAAGACAUACCCUGGGGUCAGCGAACUCACAUCAGACAUGAAGUAUCUUUUGAGGAGCCACGGCUUACAUCCUGGUAUGGGGAACUUCCUUACACAUACUCCAGGAUAACAAUGCAGCCAAAUCCAAAUUGGCAUCCUCUGCUGAGCAUGCUGAAGGAGCGCAUUGAGGAGUUCACUGGCUACACCUUCAACUCUCUUCUCUGCAACCUCUACCGGCACGAGAAGGACAGCGUGGACUGGCACAGUGACGACGAGCCAUCGCUGGGGAAAAAUCCUGUCAUUGCCUCGCUCAGCUUUGGUGCUACUCGGACCUUUGAGAUGAGGAAAAAACCCUCCCCUGAAGAGGAUGGGGACUAUACUUACGUAGAAAGGAUAAGAAUCCCACUUGAUCACGGGAGUCUGUUGGUGAUGGAGGGAGCCACCCAGGAGGAUUGGCAGCAUCGAGUGCCUAAGGAGUAUCAUUCUAGAGAUGAACGAAUAAACUUGACAUUUAGGAUCAUUUAUCCAGAACCUGAUGGAGUUUGGAAGUGAAGAGCCACUUUGGACAUUGUUGGAUGUACACCCACAGCAGAUCUAGAUCCUUAGAUUGCUACAGAUUUAAAGGAAGCCUUACAGAAACAGAGUUCCUUGAAGUCAUGGGGAAAAGAGUUGAUAUUAUGAAGACCUUUGGCAAUCAGAAGCUGCCUGUGUUAUGUGGACAGAAAUUAUAUGUUAUUAGGUUAUACUGAAUCACAGGGUUUAAGUUUGUGAGCAGUGAUUAUUCUUAAAAGAGCACAAAGCACGUGGAAGAUGUGAGAGGUCCCAACUGGAGCAGACAGAUUCAGUGGGCACAUAGUUUGCACCUUGUCUUGUCUCUCCUUUACUCCCAAUUGUGAUCUCUGUUGGAAGUAAUGACAAGAUGGGAUUCUAUGAUGUAAAGCCACUUCUGUGUGUCUGUACAGAAAUGAGAAAGCUGCACUUGGGGAUGAUCUCUGGGUAUUACUCAUUUCACCAAAGGGUGGUGCCCUGCUUUUUAUCUGUAGGUUGCAGGGUCCUUUCCAGUUAAGCAAUCAGUUUCAUAACUUAAAUAACUACUUGAAUUAUACUGGUGUCUAGUGGAACAGAGGGUCAAGGCUCUCUUCUGCCAUGGACUCUGUGGUCAGACUUUAUCCUCCUAGUUUAUCCAUGUAGACAGGACAAGGCAAAGGCAAGCAGCAGAGACAUCUGAUGACCCUGCUUCUGGGUCAGUGCAUGUUGCAUUAAAGAAUAUCACUCUUGAGCCUCUCCUGUCUCUUGAGCCUCUGCUGCCUCUGCUGCCACAGAUCAGCAGCCAGCACCUCAGAGCAGAUUCCAGGCUGACUUGCUGGGAUCCUUCAAGCUUGCCUGCUGCGACUCACCUGCUGCUGGGAAGCAGUGGGCUCAUGACUACAGUCUGGAUGUUCAGUCAGGAGUGCUGCCUGUGUGACUGAGUUCUUACUGCAGCUAAAUAUCAUCACUGUACAGGAUCAAAUCAUGGGUUUGGUCCAUCUUCACUGCCUGCCUGCAGUAGGAUCUAAGCACAGGUAAAUAUGCCUUGUAACACAUUAGCUUUGUUAAGCAAGCUAAUGUCCAUCUUCACUGUAAGAAUAAAUUGGUGUUGGGAAAAUA